AAGGGCCGUCACUCGCGCCACAUGGCCGUCUGCGCUGGAGACAGAGAGAAGGAAGAAUGCGCUGAAGAGAACUAGAAAAUUGAUUCAAAGUGUCGACAUCAUUUAAUGGGCUAAAAGUGUUUAAUAUGUAUAAUUGUUUGUUGAGCGUCUAGUUCAUAAAAAUAUGGCAAUGGAAGCUAAGUGAUAAACUCUAAUGUAGCACGGUCUUUAUUUGAAAAAUGGCUCUUUUAUUCACGGAAAGUGCGAGUCUGCUGAUGAUUUCAAAACUUAUUCCACCCAUUGGCAUCAAAUAUGGUAGAUCAUUCUUGGCAGCCAGUCAGUGCCACCGAAUGUUUUCCUUGUUGCGGCAGGAGCUGUUUGUGCAGAAUACACCUCCUUCUAAUAAGUUCAGAUGUGCAAGCUAUACAUUUGCAAUUAUAAACUAUGGUCAACCAGCAUUAGUUCCUGACUGUGUUCCCGUCUUGGAUCAUCCUAUUAGAUGCUUAAGUAGUCAAACUGGGUUGAUACAUGGACAGCACAAGGUCAGAUUCAGAACGAGAAGAGCUUCAGCUUCAUCAUCAAGAGAACAAGAUAAAGUAUAUGCAGGUACUGAUAAUUUUCCUGUACAGGAAACAGAGGACAAAGGCUAUUCUGAAUAUGAGGCUGUCCUACAAAAAUCAGACCAAUCAAACAAACACUGCUCUGACCCCGAGGCUUUGAGACAGAUGCCGCACUUGACAACAAACGUGUUGACAGCCAGUUCCAGUCCUGUCAAUGGUGAAGUGCUGGCACAUCAUAGUGCUGAUAGCUCUGUAACACCUGCAGACCAAGAAUCUUCAGAUUUAGCAGAUCUCCCUUCCCCUAAACCUGUACAGCCAUCCUACAACCUGGCUACCUAUGUCAAGCAGUCAGAAGUUCUGCAGAAGCUGCUGAGCUUUGGUGUUGACCUGUCAGCUGUUGAAAAGAUCCCAGAGGCAGCAGACUUCAUUGUUCAGGCAAAGUGGGAAUCAGAUAUCCAGCCUCGCCUCCUUUUUCUGCACGACAUAGGUGUGGCAGAUGUAGACCUGGGCCGUGUCUUGACCAAGAAUCCCCUGGCUUUAAAAAAAAGCAUUGAGGAAAUGCAGGAGGUGAUCAGCUAUCUGAAGUCUAAGAAGUUUUUACCUGAAAGCAUCAGUCACAUUGUGAGCCGAGUUCCCCUUGUUCUCUUGAUGUCUGUUGCCAUGAUGGACAGAAAGCUGGGAUUCUUGCAGCAGAGUUUUGGUCUGUCAGGAGAUGAAGUCCGUUCUGUAGCAGCCAGAGGUCCAAAACUAAUUGUAUGGAAACUUCAAAAGUUAAAGGACACACGCUUCUACAUGAAGGAGAUGCUUGGUUUCUCUGACAUGGAUUUAAAGGCCAUGCUGCUUGUUGCUCCAAAGGUUUUUUUAACAGACAAGUAUUCAGAUGGGAAAGCGAUUUGACUACCUCCACAAUGUCAUUGGGAUUUCCCAUGAGCUCAUUGUUGCCUGGCCAUCAGUGCUCCGAACUAGGCUCCAUCUGUUACAGGCACGCCAUCGUUUCUUGCUGCAUGUGGGUCGAGCUCAGUAUGACCCCACAAAAGAGAACUAUGUU